AUGGCGGUCAUCAGAGUCAUAGUAGUGGGUGCUGGCAUUGCUGGUCCCGUUCUUGCGGUCUUCUUAAAGACUAGAGGCUACGACCCCAUCAUAUACGAAAGACUCCCGAGUCCAGGAGAGGGUGGACUCAGUUUCAUGCUGCAGCCAAACGGUCUCCGUGUCUUAUCACUCAUCCCCGGCCUCCUGGAGCAGAUCCCCGGCCGUUCCCCAGAUAGUAUAAUCCACUGUUCCUCAUUGGACGGAAUUGAGGACAUUCUCGCCGACAGCGAUAUUUCACCAGAUACUAUGCGAGAACGCUUUGGCUUCCCCAUGAUCGGAGUCCGGCGUGUAGAGUUUCAUCGCCUUUUGAUCGACACGGCGGAAAGGCACGGUAUCGAGAUUAAAUGGGGCCACCAGGCUAUCGAAUUUGAGCAAAGCGAGGACGCAGUAGAAGUCACCUUUGCGAAUGGCGCCAAGGACACAGCGAGUUUUGUUGUAGGCUGCGAUGGGCUGCAUAGUAAUACCCGAAUUGCACUCUUUGGGAAAGAGAAGGCAGAUUUCACUGGAUUGGCGCAGUUCGGUGGGCUAUCUCCUACACCUCCUGCUCUUCAGGGAAAGUUUGCGCUGGUGAAUAUUUAUGGGAAUGGCCGCCAUAUGGUUUCGUACCCUGUUGCGGAGGAUAAGCGUUCAUGGGCGAUCACUACUCGGGAAGAUGAGGUCAAGGAGGAUUGGAAAACACAAAACAUGGAACAACAGAACGAAAUUCGAGGAGGACCCCUUUCUGCUUGGGGGUUCGGGGCCGGAGAUAUGGUAAAGACCGCCCAAAAUAUCGUGAAGUAUGGCCUCUAUGAUCGACCUGAGCUCAAGUCGUGGUUCAAGGGAAGAAUCGUUCUUUUGGGCGAUGCAGCUCACCCCACCAGUCCACAUCUGGGACAAGGUGCAAAUCAAGCGUUCGAAGACAUUUACCAUAUUAUGCGGCUUUUCAAGAUAUACAACCCCUCUGCUGCCCAGCCUUCAACAGAGUUGUUGUCACAAGUCUUCACAGAUUACCAGGAUCUUCGGUUACCGCGUACAUCCGAGCUUGUGAGGGGGGCUAGAAAGCAAGGGGAGGCUCGAGUUGUCGAAGGCAUCGAUGCAUGUAGGGCGAGAGAUGAAACAAUCCGGGCAGGGCCCAAUGAUGAUGCGGCGAGGAUGGCAUCCUAUGAAUUGUUAUCUGGACCGUUUAAGAACAGCGAAAUAUAG